AUGGCGAGCGGAGGCAUGUUGCUGCGUUGGGGCCUGGCCGCCAGGAGAGCUUCCCGAUUGGCGUGCCGCAGGAAGAAUAUUUUUGGCCCCAAAUCAUGGAACCCCAUUUCUCCAGGCAGCAUUGUCUUCUUGCAGCCCCAGAGGACCUUUCGAGCAGUACUGUGCACUGAACUGAAAAAGCCAUUGGUUGUUAGGGAUGUCCCAUCUGCUUUGCUUCAGUCACACGAGGUCAGAGUUCAUGUCCGCAGCUGUGGAGUCAAUUUUGCUGAUAUACUGGUCUGCCAGGGUCUUUAUCAACAUUACCCUCCUCUCCCAUUCAUCCCAGGAAUGGAAUAUUCAGGAGAUGUGGUGGAGACUGGGAAAGCUGUCACCAACAUCAAAGAGGGGGACUGUGUCAUUGGUGUGACCAAUGGAAAAGCUCUGGCGGAAGAAUGCAUUGCAGAUUCAAAGUUGCUUUGGAAAAUCCCCCAAGGAGUAUCUUAUGAAGAAGCUGCAGCACUCCCUUCUUCAUAUGGGACAGCCAUCUUGGCCUUGAAACACAGAGCACAAACACAGCCAGGAGAAACUGUUUUAGUGACUGCAGCCGCUGGUGCUACAGGGCUUGCAGUUGUGGAUGUUGCAGCUAAUGUUCUUAAAGCAAAGGUGAUAGCAGCAGCAGGAAGUGACAGUAAAUGCCGACUGGCUAUCCAGAAAGGAGCUGUUGAGAGUGUGAAUUACAGCGAGGCUAGUCUGAAAGAAGAGGUGAAGAAGCUGACAGCAAACAAGGGAGUUGAUGUGGUUAUCGACACCGUUGGUGGAGACAUCUUCAAGCAGGCAUUGCACAGUCUGGCUUUUGAAGGCAGAAUUGUGGUGGUUGGUUUUGCUGGAGGAACGAUACCUUCCAUUCCAGCCAACAUACUGCUUCUGAAAAACAUCUCUGCUCUGGGAAUAUUUUGGGGCCGGUACCGGGAUGAAGAGUUCCCAGUUUUCUCCUCAACCAUUUCUUCAGCUCUUUCUUAUUAUCAAGAGGGUCAAAUCCAGCCUCACAUAGGAAAAGUGUUCAAACUAGAGGAGGUAAAUGAAGCCUUUGCACAUGUGACUCAACGUAAAUCUACAGGAAAGAUUGUCAUCUCAACUAAUUAAGCCUCUUUUUCUUGGGGAAGUGUAUCUUCAGUACUACUUCCUGCUGAAGAGAGAAGCUGUUGAUACUGAGUUCA